AUGGCAACAACGAGUGAGCUGAAGUUCAUGCAGCAGGCUGAGAAUUGGCGAAGCGUCGGCCUAUGCAAGCUGAACAACCUGAAUGUCCCAAAGUUGCUAAAGAUGCAAAAGGUCCAGCAUGCAGUCCAUGAAAAAGGUUUCUUUCAUGUCCAACGUCAUCUUAUGACUGACGAGGAGCUUGAACAUUGUGAGUUGGACGAAAUGGAGCUUGAUGAUGGCAAGAUGAUGAUGCUAGUGGACAAGAGUGUCUUUCAUUGGACGGUGCUCCAUGAAGAGAAGUUGAGCGAGGAACGCUUCCAGGAGAUGAUGGACAAAUUGCAGCAGAACUCUCGUUACAGGGAAGCGCUGAAAAGCAUUUCGGGCGAAUUCCCAAAGAGGCUGAAGAGGAAAUCGUCUGGCGGAACUGAUCGUAGCUUCUUCGUGUUAUACCUCUCGAUGCCCAGCAGUUGGCUGGAGCGUUUGCAGAGCAUUCCUGAUUGGCUCUUACCUGAACGUAAGCAAUCAAAAAGGCAACCCAUUUGUUUGGACAAACUGCUUUUGCCAGCAACUCUCCCCGCAGCGUUGCCUAAAAGCGAACUUCCUGAAUUUCAUGGCUUGCCAUUGGCGGCACCUAGAGAGCUCGCGCGUGAAUGUUUCGAUGAGCUGGACAAUAUCACCGAGUGGAUGGUUGAUGGCAAGCUGCGGGAUCCUUUCCAUCUCUUCAAGGUUCUUUGCCACUUGAAGGCGGUCGCCUCCAACAUGCAAGAUUACAUACGUCUUUACGCAGCUGCAGUGAGCGCAACACAGCAAGAUUGGGGCCCAGCAGUGGCAUCGUGGAGCGAGGCAGUGAGGAAUCAAGGAGAUAGCUCAGUAGCGAGUGCAAAAUCAAGUGAACGAGGCGGUGCACGGAAUUAUGAAAAGUGCAUCAAAAUGGCAUCAGAGCUACCACAGGACAAGUCUCAACAGAAGGUGGCAGAUGCCGUGGAUGGCUUCGUUGCCGCAGUGGCUUACAAAGAUACCUUGGAAGCCUCAUUAAGGAAGGCAGUCGAGUGCGCAGUGGAGGGUUGUGAAUUUUCCGUCAAGAAGCUGUCUCGGAUAUUGGAAAAGGCGGCCAUCGAUGGUGGGCGCGUGCCCAGGGACAUCUUGCGCACGACUUUCUUCAGCAAGUCUUUCCGACACUUGGAGGAGCAGCUUCAGAAAAUCUUAGCCGCGCAUUGCGAUGACGAAAGCCCCUGGAGAAUCCAGAACGUUAAAAUCCGCUUCUCGGAUCCCCGCUCCGACGUCAAAGACAUCCUUCUCAGCAUCAGCCACAAGGAUGCCCCUGUCUUCGUGGAGAUUCAAUUCCAACAUCAGAAGGUAUAUGACGGGGCAAGGAAAUGUUUCAACUCUCACAAGCCAUUUACUACGGCGAGGGCAGCCCGGGAGCUGUGCACAAUCUGA